UCAUCCGGCAGGCACGGGAAAUCUAGGAGGCGUUGCUUUUUUUGACGGAACGCUGUGCUAACAGCUGUAAAUACUUGUGUGAAGUGAUAGCAGCGAGCUGCGGUGUGUUUGUUCACUGUACUGCGAUUGCGUAAUCGCCGAUCGACUUGUGUUGCCUCCUUCACACAUAUUGCGCCUAACCAGGACUUUUCUGUUGUCGUGCGGGUUUGUUGGUGAAACCAUGGCUGGCGUUCCUGCGGCCGCUGCGGCCGUGCUCGACCAGGUGGAGGAGGACGCGUCGGAGCUGCAGUUCCCGAAAGAGUUCGAGAACGCCGAGACGCUGCUCAUCAGCGAGGUCCAUAUGCUGCUCGAGCACCGCAAGCAGCAGAACGAGAACGCCGAGGAAGAGCAGGAACUCUCCGAGGUGUUCAUGAAGACUCUGGGCUACUGCCAGCGGUUCAGUCGCUUCAAGAACCGGGAGACCAUCACAGCCGUACGGCAACUGCUGGCGCAGAAGAAGCUGCACCGCUUCGAGCUGGCCCAGUUGGCCAACCUGUGCCCAGACAAUCCCGAGGAGGCACGUGCCCUCGUGCCCAGCCUCGAGGGCCGCUUCGAGGACGACCAGCUGCGGCAGAUACUGGAGGACAUCCAGACGCAGCGCAGCUUCCAGUAUUGAGAUGGCGCCGGUUCCAAUGUGCUUGCGAGUGUGUUCAUUGUAAAUUUCCAUAUGAUAUUCAAUAAAUGAUGCCAGUUUUAUUGCAAUAAA